GGGGUGACAAGUCCGAGCACCGGAGCCACCGAGUGGGAAGUACAGCUGCCGUCUGAAGAAAAAACACACUUUUCGUCGUUUCACCGCCGGAUACUUAACUCGUCCUGGGGUUGGAUUAACUUAAAGCCACUCUUUUUUAGUUUUUCUUUUUAAUUUGCUUUAGAAGACAUAGAAAACUCACCGAAGACAAUGGGAUCCCAGUCAUCCAAAGGAGAUGUGGCCGCGGAGGCAAACGCUGCCGCCGCUGACGGUGCAGCUGUCAAAACCAACGGACAGGAGAAUGGACACGUGAAAACCAAUGGUGAUGUCUCCACAAAGCCUGACGGGGAUGCUGCCGCCACCAACGGCUCAGCCGAGGCAGCCAAGGAACCCGAAGCUGGCGCAGGGGGAGACGCCAUCGAGCCGGCGCCUGCUGCGGAUGGAGAGGCAGCCAAACCUGAAGGCGAGGCUGCGACUAAGGAGACCCCCAAGAAGAAGAAGAAGAAGUUCUCCCUGAAGAAGUCCUUCAACUUCAAGCUGAAUCUGAAGAAGAGCAAGAAGAGCGAGGCUGUCAAGGAGGAAGCGGCGGCAGCUGCCCCCGCUGAGGAGAAGCCCGCUGAGAAUGGAGCUGCUGCUCCCACAGAGGAGAAGAAGGAGGAGGUGAAGGAGGAGGCUGCCGCUGCGGCCGAGGCUCCAAAAGCAGAGGAGGGGGUGGCUAAAGAGGAGGCCCCCAAGGAGGAGGCCAAGGAGGCAGCUGCCCCGGCCCCCGAGGCCACGAAACCAACAGAGGAGAGCAGCUCGACUCCCGCUCCCUCUGAAAAGAAAGAGUGAUUGUACCUUACGCUCACAAUGAACUGGGUGAACUGUUUUUCAAGAGAGAGAGAGAAAAUUUAAGAGUAUAUAUAUAUAUAUAUUUAUAUAUAUAUGUGUAUAUGUAUACAUAUGU